CAAGUUGAGAACCCUAACCCUUUCGCCGAUCGACAGAAGAAUCAUCCUUCGAGGAAGAUGGUGAAGUUCCUGAAGCCAAACAAGGCGGUGAUCCUCCUCCAGGGGCGUUUCGCCGGCCACAAGGCGACGAUUGUUAAGAAUUUCGAUGACGGCACGCGCGACCGGCCGUACGGCCACUGCCUCGUUGCCGGCGUCGCGAAGUACCCAAGCAAAGUGAUCCGCAAAGACUCCGCUAAGAAGCAGGCUAAGAAGUCGCGAGUAAAGGCGUUCAUCAAGGUGGUGAACUACAACCACAUCAUGCCCACGCGCUACACGCUCGACGUGGAUCUGAAGGACGUGGUGGCCGCGGACGCGCUCGUGUCGCGCGACAAGAAGGUGACAGCGUGCAAGGAGAUCAAAUCGAGGUUCGAGGAAAGAUUCAAGACUGGGAAGAACCGUUGGUUUUUCUCUAAGCUUAGGUUUUGAGGUGAUAGGGGAUUUGAUAUAUACCUCUUUUCUCUUCAAUUAUUCUACGAUUUCAUCCUGUUUCUAGCGUUUAAACGCAUUGAUUUUAUGCAAAUGAGUUUUUGGCAUAUUGAAUCCCUUAUAAUGCUCUGUUCUUGAA